AUGGCGGGGAUGCGAUGGGCGUGGACGCUGUGUGCGAGUGCCCUGCUCUUUGCCUCAUAUGCUGCGGCCGUGCGCUCUUCUGGCGUGAACCCUGAGCUGAAUGCGGAUGCAAUUGUGCCGCUGCGCACGCACUCGCUCUUUUCGCCGUACGUCGAUUCGAGCCUCCAGAACGAGUUCUGGGACUUUGGCGGGUCGGCGAUUGUCGACACGAACCGGUAUGUGCGCCUGACGCAAGACCGCUCGGGCGAGCGUGGCUGGCUCUGGUCGCGUCUGCCGAUCGAGGCGAACGACUUUGAGAUCACCGCCGAGUUCCAGAUCAACGGGGAGUCGGUCACGACGCACGGCGACGGCUUUGCGCUGUGGCUCACCUCGACGCGUGCCCACGCCGGACCGGUGUUUGGCAGCCAGGACCACUGGAAGGGACUCGGGAUCUUUUUCGACACCUACCCAAACACGCCGCACCGGACCUUUUUUCCGCGUAUCUCGAUCGUGCAGAACGACGGCGCGAUGAGCUACGACGUCGCGCACGACGGCGAGAACCAGGAGAUUGAGGCGUGCACCGCGCAGCUGCGCCGCACGCCGGUCGAGACGCGCCUGCGCUUUACCUACGUAAAGGACGUCUACAUGGAGCUCGCGAUUCAGAACCGCGAGUGGAACAAGUGGACGUCGUGCUUCCGCGUGCCGGCCGUCGACCUAACGCACCCCUACCUGGGCUUCUCGGCGAGCACCGGGGGUGUGACGGACAAUCACAACAUCAUCUCGGUGUGGACCAACUCGCUGGUCUACCACUCGCGCUCGCCGGCAGACCUCGAGCGCGAGCGCCUGCACAUCUUUGGCGAGAACUCCGCCCCGAAGAAGAACUGGUGGAGCGCGAGCGAACUGGACGUGACCAAAAAGCGUCGCACGCAGCCAUCGGGGCCGUCGUUCGUGACGCGUUUCUUCUUCGGGAUCGUGACGCUGAUCAAGUACGUGCUGAUCCUCGCCGCACUCGGCGCAGGCGGCUACUUUGGAUACCAGUACUACAAGGCAAACACCCGGCGUCACACGCGCCGCACGAUGGCCUAA